AUGGAUAGAGAACAGGGUAUUCUGCCACAGGAUCCCUUCUCCAACUCGGUGCAUGUACCAAAGUUGAGAGCUUCUUCUGGUGGCCAGCCACAGAAGCCUGUAAUACAAAAUUCUGCUCCUGCUACUGCUAGGAUGCUUCGCAAUGCAAGUUCAAGUACGUCAGCAGCUUUGUUGAAAGAAUUAAACACACAUGAACACUCUCAACGUCAACAUACUCCACAGAAACAACCAUCAUUGGAUGCCCCGGCAGCAUUGGUUCCAGUUGAAUCUGCCACAAAACAAUUCCACCGAACCUCCAUUGGAGACUGGGAAUUUAGUAAUACAAUUGGGGCAGGCUCGAUGGGUAAGGUCAAAGUCGCCAAACAUAGAGUCACUCACGAGGUAUGUGCCAUCAAAAUAGUCAUUAGGUCAGCCAAAAUCUGGCAGAGAAAUCACCAAAACGAUCCAGAACCUGAAACUGAAGAAAAAAGAAAGAAGCUGCGUGAUGAAUACAAGAAGGAAUUGGAACGCGAUGAACGUACUGUCAGAGAGGCAGCACUAGGAAAAAUAAUGUACCACCCAAAUAUUUGUCGGUUGUUCGAAUGCUAUACAAUGUCUAAUCACUACUACAUGCUUUUUGAAAUAGUCCAGGGGGUACAGUUACUGGAUUAUAUUGUUUCUCAUGGCAAAUUGAAGGAAACACGCGUUCGCCAGUUUGCCAGAAGCAUUGCUUCUGCUUUAGAUUACUGCCAUUCUAAUAACAUCGUUCACAGAGAUCUGAAAAUUGAAAACAUAAUGAUUAACAACAAGGGUGAAAUCAAGUUGAUUGACUUUGGCCUUUCCAACAUGUAUGAUAGAAGAAAUCUCCUGAAAACCUUUUGCGGCUCCCUAUACUUUGCAGCACCGGAGCUUUUGUCUUGCCGUCCUUACAUUGGUCCUGAAAUUGAUGUCUGGUCUUUUGGGGUUGUAUUAUUUGUCCUUGUUUCCGGUAAGGUUCCCUUUGAUGACGACAGCGUGCCAAAGCUUCAUGCUAAAAUCAAAAGAGGAAAAGUUGAGUAUCCUGAGUUUAUUUCACCUUUAUGUCAUUCAUUGCUAUCUCAGAUGUUAGUCGUUAAUCCAGAUCAUAGAGUCACUUUGAAAGCUGCAAUGGAGCACCCUUGGAUGACCUUAGGAUUUGCAGGGCCUCCAUCAAACUAUCUCCCUCAGCGGUCACCUAUUGUAUUACCGUUGGAUUUAAGUGUAGUAAGAGAGAUUGCAAAUCUGGGUUUAGGAAAUGAAGAACAAAUUGCUCGAGAUAUCACAAACCUGAUCUCGAGCAGAGAAUAUGAAGCGUGUGUUGAGAGGUGGAAACUUGAUCAACAGAAAGCUAAUAUCAAGGGCUAUUCCGCGCGUGACGAUUCUGCUAUCAUCGCCUUCCACCCGUUACUUUCAACGUACUACCUCGUGGAUGAAAUGAGGAAGAGGAAGCUAGCAAAAGGUGCUCUCAAGGGACAGACCUCGGUAUUAGACACUGUCAAGGUGUCUCCAGACAUUCCAAAGACACCAGCUAUUCCCCAGAAACUAGAAACUACGGAUGUGGAACAGCCAUUGCUUGCCACUGUCCCACCUGCUUAUACAUCUCCGCAUGGACAGCCAGCUGAACUGGAAGCGAUGAUUGAACCGGCACAGCCAUUAUCUAGUGCUCAUCCUUUCGAGAUGGAUAUGACGCAGCAACAACAUGCUAGCAGAAAGACCCAUAUCAAGCAUGCUCCAGAACGACAAGAUCGUGGCGGCUAUAAUGUACACAAGAAUAACUCUGGUGGUCUUAACUCUUUAUUCCGAAGACUCAGUGGAAAACGACCCCAUAAGAAUGAGGCUGAAUGGGAGCCUUCAUCUCCCCCACCUCAAGUUCAUCCAUUUUCAGUUAAUGAUGCGGACAGGACUUCAGUACGUGGCGUUUCACCAAUUACUCAACCAGCUGCUGUGAAGAAUGUGACCUCCAAUAACUCCAAAAACUACCUGGACCCUGUUGAUGAUAGUAAAUUAGUUCGUCGUGUAGGAAGUUUGAGAAUUACCAACAAAGAAAAGCAACAAGUGACAUCUGACUUUCCCCGACUGCCCAAUUUUACGAUUCCAGAGCAACCGCCUAAGAAUGCUCCCAUACCGAUACAUGCCCAACCUACCACUACAGGUACAACCUUUCAAUCCAAUGAUCAUGAAAUCAAAAAGAAGUUACAGGCUUCGACUAGUCCAAACGAACAACGUGGGCCUCCAACAUUGGCUCCUAGUCAACAGAGACGGCUACAUCCCACUGCGAGAGCCAAGUCACUUGGCCAUUCUCGCAAGCAAUCGCUUAAUUUCAAAUUCGGAGGACCAGCAAACAAUCAAUUACCUGCGUUGCCUACUAAAGAAAAUUAUGAUGUGUUUGAAGAUGCCCAAAUUACCGAUAACAAUUUAUUAAACCCAGAAGGGAAAUACUCUGCUAAUACUAACGUGCAUAUCAAACCAAUGACAGAAUCCCAAAUUUUAUUUGAGGCAGAACAUGCUCCACCUGGAACUAUGCCCUCAGUUGAGUACCCCAGGACCUUGUUUCUCAAAGGAUUUUUCUCUGUUCAGACUACAUCCUCGAAGCCGUUACCUGUUAUUCGAUACAACAUUAUAGCAGCUCUCUGCAAACUUAACAUUCAAUUCACUGAAGUUAACGGUGGGUUUGUUUGCGUUUACAGAAAAACUGAAAAUUUACAAAUUGGGGAUAUCAGAUCUCCAGUUAUAGAGUCAAGAGUGACCGAUGACACUGACUCCGAUGUUGCAAACUCUUCCAAAUUGUCAUCUUCGUCAACAGCCAAUACCAGAGUCAAUGUUAUUGAGGAUGAUAGUUCAUCGCCGUCCUCAGCAAGAUUGAAACAUCGCCGAAAGUUUUCUCUUGGAAACGGAAUCCUUAACCAUAUAAGGAAACCCACGCUUGACGGGACAGAAUUUGAUGACUACGAUGCAACCGUAAAUACCCCUGUUACUCCUGCACCUGCAAAUGUUCAUUCUCGUUCAUCGUCUUAUCAUACCGAGAGUGAUAAUGAGUCCAUGGAGUCGCUGCAUGAUAUAAGAGGUGGCAGUGAUAUGAUCUUGAAAAAUGUUCCAGAAAGAAAUGCUAGACAGAUAGACACAGUCAAGGAAGAGGAAACAGAUGAUGAUGAUCUUGGUAGUAUCAACGAAGGAUCAACACACCGUACACCUUUGAAAUUUGAAAUUCAUAUUGUCAAAGUCCCUCUGGUUGGACUAUAUGGUGUGAGGUUCAAGAAAAUUCUGGGAAAUGCUUGGAUUUACAAAAGGUUGGCGUCAAAGCUGCUACAAGAAUUGAAUUUAUAG